AAUGCUGCUGUCUCCUGUUACACCUGUUCCGCCAGGUGACCAGAUGUUCCGGUGACAGCUGGAUCUAUAGCGACAAACAGGUGUGGGCGAAGCCGCGUUGUCAUAAGAGUCCAGUCUGUAGGAAGAAGGCGUCACGUCUACACAAUUACUGCGUGAAAUGAGAGUGUCGGCGUUCUCCGGUAGCAAAUGGGGCCAGCUCUUCUUUGUGCCUCUUGCUGGUCUUUUGUUCUCCGUCGCCGUGUUUACGUUCUGGCGGAUUAACCAGUGGGAAUGGGAGGAGAGGAAGAUGUCUGCGGGCGAUUACACAAUAGCUCGAGUGGAGGACCCCAAGACACGGAGCGACACCCUGGAGCGUCACAUCAGAAAAACUUGUGAAACCUUACGAUUCCCGGAGGAUGGGGCGCGGAAGGCGAUGGCACACAUGCAUUACGACGACGACAGGAAGGUGAUCUACUGCUUCAUUCCCAAGGUGGCGAGCACCAGCUGGAAGAGAGUGUGGCUCAGGAUGACGAACAGAAUUAAGCCGAACCAGAAUGCAACCACCAUGAGCAGGUACGCCGUCCACGUCAAUCUCCCCGUGCUGGCCGCCGACAGGAAUGCAGAGGAGAAGCUAAGAACGUACAGGAAGUUCAUGGUGGUGCGCCAUCCCUUCGAGCGGGUCUUGUCUGCCUACAGAGACAAGCUGGAGGGCGAGUACGAGAACCCCGGCUACAGCUUCCACAAGCAAGUGGGCAAGAGGAUACAGAUGAAGUACAGGGGCGCCACCUACAGGGAGGGCCACAACGUCACCUUCGCGGAGUUCAUUCGCUUCAUUUCCGAGGCGGGGCGCGGGACGGAGGAGCAGAGGAACGAACACUGGUUGCCCAUGCACGAGCUGUGCCAGCCGUGCGCUGUGCGCUACGACUUUAUCAGCAAAUACGAAAAUCUGAAGGAGGACGCGGACUACCUCCUCCAGUGGCUCGGGCUGACGGACCUGGUGGACGGGUUCCCCGCGGCGGACAACAGGACCUUCCACGCCAGCCGCCUCGACCCCAAGUACUUGGGCCAACUCAGCCACAGCAAUAUCAUGGCCUUCCACGCCAAGCACCUGGCGGACUUCCUGCUCUUUAACUACACGUUCACCUGAACGAGGAACACAGUGCUGCAGGGAGCAGCUUGGCCCACAGCAACACCAUGCAGUCACGCACUUUCCUGCCAUUGCGUGUGUACUGUACAGGUGUGAGAAACUAUAUCUAUCAUCCUCAUCAGCGUGUAUCAUUCACUGCCAGACACAGGUCUCGCUCAUCUGCAAACCUCUCGUUUCUGUCUCGCGUCUCUAUUCCCAGCUUCGACGUAAAUGUUACGUUGUUACAUACAUCUUUAUCUCAUCACACCGGUUUAUUUAUUUAUUUAUUAUUUUUUUAGAUGUUGCCUGUAGCGCCGGUAGAUUGUCUUGAGGGGCCUCUUCGACGGCCCCAGCCCGUUAGUGGCGCAGGCGAAUUUUAUUUAUAGUGGCUGCCGUGAUGUCUGACUCUUGCCUGGCCCAUGCUGUCCCCCGGUGCUUCUUUUGACCGAAGUCGCUGAAGUUAGGGUUCAUUGGAGGUCUGGGCAGCAUGUGGGUAAUCUUCCGCCACUCUGGAGUGAAGAGCCUUGCCUUGGCUCAUUCACAUUUCAAUUACUUCCCAGUCAGUCACUUUUCUUGUCCUUCUGUUGCCCUCCAGUUUAUCUUGGCCGUUGCCACCCUUGUUGUUAUCACCCACGAGGAAGGCAGUGAUGUUAGUCAUUAUCGGUUUGUUGGUUUGUUUGUCUGUAUGUCUGUCUUUGUAUCUGUUACUGAAAUGUCUCCAAUCAAAACAUAUCAAACUAAUUUACUAACUAACUAAUGGGGAGCAUACGCCCGGGGGCGCGUCGCUUCACUCAUUCGCCGUCCAUACUCCGGCGGUCCUCCCGAGCAAGCUCCCAUGCACUGCCCUGUCCAUGCCGAGUCCCUCACGGCAGGAUUGACUGACUUGCCCAAGCCAGUUACUUGGGUGUCCCCGUGGUCAGGGUUGUCUCGUACGAACAACCCUGUGAGCAGGAUCGACGUCCAAAUUGUUAUAGUCGCCAAAUACACAUGAGAACAUCUUUAUAGAAAUACAUGAUACUGAUCAGCUUGUAGGGAAACGCCGAUAUAACCGGCUAAAUAAGGGUAAGUAUAUGAAAAGAAAAUAUGAAAAGAAAAUAGACUAAAUGCCUAAGAGUGACCAUACGGAGGCUAUGGCGCAGGGUUUUCAGCAACACUGAGGGCUUCCAAAGGUUAUCAAAAGUGGAAAGAAAAGAAGAAAAAAAAGGAAUGUGACGGCACUGGGAUAUUAUUUUGUAAGGUGGUCAUAUUAAUAUUUGACAAUUUAAAACUAUUGAAGCGGCUGAUCGAGUAAACUGAACAGACUCCUCUAGUUGCUCGUGGAAGACAAGAGGCUGCAAGGGGUUGGAGCGAAGCCUGCUUCGUCGAGUCUGUCUGCCAGCGUCGAGGCGGGAGUGAAAAGAGUUCGUGAUAGGCAACGAGUCCUUUUUUACCUGUAACUUACUAACUUAAAUACCUAAUCACUG